GAGUUAAUUCAGCAGUGGGUGGAUUGUGUCCUCGGCGUCUCGUCAUCUACUUCCUCAAAUGUUACUUUCUUUCACUUUUCGUUUUGGUGUGGCUCGAACUCGAGACAGAAAGCUAACUUCAACAGUAUUUGCAUGAAGAUUAAAGCAUGGCUGGGCCCUACACCACCAGCAACUUGAGGAAAGCGGAGGAAACAGCACAGUCGCUCAGUGAGGCCAUCAAUACAGGGGACAAAGCCGAGGCCAUCCGAUGUGUAGAGCAGCUCCUUACGCUGAACGUGCCUGUGUGUAUGCGACUUACUCCAGAGGUCUAUUCCAAAGAGUGCAUCAGGUUGAGAGUUGGCGUUGAGGAUGCGCUGUCUGAUGCCUACAUCACAAUGCUGGUAACUCCUGGCAUGACGAUCUCAGAACUGAAACAGAAGAUUAACCGAGACUAUGGCUUCCACCCGUCACUACAGUGCUGGAUCAUAGGGAAGCGUUUUGCUAAGGAUGGAGACACUCUCUUCAGCCACAACGUAACCAGUGAUGAUGAUCAGGCAUUUCUCUUCCUCAAAUCUGCCCAUUCUGCCAAUCUCAGCCGUGAACAGCAGAAACAAGAGGAGCAGGACAGGAAGAUAGGCGGUAUAAUUGAGAACAUUGAGGUGCUCAGUAGAGGUCCGGGAGAGUUGGGAGCACGCCACAAACAACCUGAAGUGUCUCCUGUGCGAAAACCUUGUCCAAAGCCUCCUUCCAAACCAGUGAUAGGAUGGUGUUGUUUGCAGUGCACAUAUGUAAACAAACCCACACGGCCAGGGUGUGCAAUGUGCAGUGCUGCGAGACCAGAAAACUAUAAAAUACCAGAUAUAUACCAACCAGAUGAAGAGGAAGCACGCAGAAUUCAGCAAGAAGAGCUGGCCAGUCUACAGUACCAACAGUCUAUUAUAGAGGAACGAGAGAAGAAUUUCCUCAGUCUGCUGGAGACAGACAAUCUCGACCUGGUUAGUAACACAGAGGAGAUUUGCUGCCCCAUCUGCUGCGAGCAGGUCCAGGCAGGAGAGGGGGCCACUCUCCGAGAGUGCCUUCACAGCUUCUGCAGAGAAUGUGUGAAGAUGACCAUUCUGAACUGUGUGGAUGCAGAAGUGGCGUGUCCUUAUGCAGAUGGGGAGUACGCCUGUGACUGUGUCCUUCAGGACCGAGAGAUUAAAACACUCCUGUCACCCGAGGAGUACCAGAAGUUUUUGGAGUUGAGGCUGAAAAUUGCUGAGUCACGCAGUGAGAACAGUUACCACUGUAAAACACUGGACUGCCCUGGCUGGUGCAUAUUUGAAGACGAUGUCAACGAGUUUGCCUGUGACAUCUGCAAUGAGACCAAUUGUCUCCUCUGCAAGGCUAUUCACAAAGGCAUGAACUGUAAAGAGUACCAAGAUGACCUUCGCCUCAGAGCAGAGAACGAUGCAGCAGCCAAACGAACCACAGAGACACUAGAGAUGAUGUUGCAGAAUGGUGAAGCCAUGUACUGUCCUAAAUGCAAAGUGAUCAUCCAGAAGAAAGAUGGCUGUGACUGGAUCUGUUGCCUCAUGUGUAAGACGGAAAUCUGUUGGGUGACCAAACAGGCCAGAUGGGGUCCUCAGGGUCAUGGAGAUGUCUCAGGUGGAUGUAAAUGUCACCUCAACGGCGCCCCUUGUCACCCAAAUUGUCAAAACUGUCACUGAUCCCUAAUCCGCCCUGUGAGGACACAUCAUAUUUCCACUAACACUGUGGAGUAAGGAAGUAACCUCUUCUGUAACUUAGCAGACUGAAGCUGUUGAUCCAUAAGCAUCUAUCCAUAAUACAAUCAGUUUAUUCGAUGGUAUUAUGAAUCAUCAGUUGGGUAUGUGAUCACAAUCUUCAUAACCUUUACAUGAACUGUUUACCAAAAAAAAAAAAAAAAAAAAAAAAAAAGAUCAUCUUCGUUAUAGGGGUUUGUUAUUUGGGUAUAUUGAUGACCAAAUUGUUUUUUGGAUAAUGACCAAAGCAGACCUUGCACAUUAAGCAUCAUGGCACUAAUAUCAUUAGAAGGAUGAGAGAAUUUUUGUAGCAUUGCUGUGUUGAAAAUGCAAAUGACAUUUUUUUUGGGAGGGGGGAGAGUUUUCCCUUAUCUUCACUUGCAAAUUCCCACCCACUACCCAGCUCUCCUCUAUCAUACAAGAGCUACCAACAAUGGAGCGUGAAGUCUAACACGUGCUUUCGUCAAGACACAUGAAGCAAGCCAACUGCAUCUUUUUGAACUGCUGUGUCACAGGGCAGUGUAACACACUCAGAGGAAAGUGCUAUCUGCCCUCUUCCGCAUACAUGCUUCACAACAGACAACACACGCCCACGAUUAGCUAGUGUUGCUGUGACUGAUGGGGAAAAAAAGCAUAUGCCAUCCCUCCCACCCACCCAGAAAGCAUGGCCAAUUUUGCUUUCUUUACUCCCGGCCAGGAUGGCUAUGGCAUCAUCAGGAGUCGAACUCGUGAUCACCUGAUAAUAUUGUGCCACUCAGGAGCUUUGCAUAUUAAACUAGUGCAUUAUUCUUCAAAUAUGUCAUUUAAUUCUUACACAGGUACAUAUGAAGUUAGCCUUCAGAUAGUUAUUCAAAAAAACAAAAAAACUACAGUUAGCCAUUAAACGUAAGCAUACGGUACACAUUAAUGGUGCAUUAAUAAUAUCUGUAAAUUAUGAAACAUGAAUGUCAUAAUGUGCAUCAUUGUAUACAAACUGAUCUUUCAUAACAUUUGCAAUAAUAAUCACUUGUGACAUAUUCAUGGUUUCCUAGAAGUUUAUUUGUUGGUCAACAUACUUUGCAGAUUAAUUAAACAUUGUUGAAAGAAUUACCAAGUCAGAGACAUAUUUUCACAAUUGCAAAGUGCAACCAGCAAACAUGAAGAACAUAUUUCAGUGCAAAUAAAUUAGCAAAAAUUAUUUAUUAAUAACUUAUGAUCAAGUAAAAAUAUGGAUUAAGCACAGAUUGUGAAUGCGUAUGACCAGUGAGUGUUGGUGCAGUUCAGACUUGAGUUAUAAAGUGACAAUUAGUGAAAACGAUAUAUUCUGUGCUGAUAUCUAAAAUAGAGAAACCAGAUAUUUGUAUGCACCAUUUGUUAUAUUACACUGAAUUCUAUAACCAUUGCCAUCGAGUAACUAACGCAAUCCCACUGUUUACUCUUUACAUGUUAUAAUACAGAAUUAAUUAAGGCCCCUGCUUACAGAAUAUACUGUAAUGGAACAGAAAUUGUGCAUAACGGAGAUUGUUGCAUAAAAUAUUAUAGCUGUUAGUUUCAUGGUAAAUUGUACUGUAAAACCAUUAGAAGAAAGAUUAAUAGGCUUUCAAGAAUAAUGAAUUUGUAUUAAACGUCCAGACUGCUGAUACUGAUUUCACAUAUUGUUCAAUCUGGUGUAUUAUUGUACAUGCAUUGAACGCAUGUGAUGGGAACUGUCAUUUUUCUCCUUUUUAUUAAAAGUAGGAUCAUUAUUUGUUUCAUAUCCGCAGCUCAUCAUUAGCUGAUAGAAAAUAACAGAAAAUAGGGCAAAUCUUACAGCAACAUCUUUUGACAGAGUGUGCAGUUAUUAAAUAAAAAAAGGCCAUUGGAUCAUACUCAGAGCUCUGUUUUCAGUAUCAUGUAUCAAAUCUGAUGGUAUACCAUAAUAAAUGAAAUACAAUGUU